ACUAUAUACUCUAUGAAAUGAUCAUUCAUUUUCUUGAAUCUUGAUUUUAUUUCAAGAACCAAUGGCUAGUUCUCAUAUGAAAUUUGGUUUUUUAUUUCUUGUUUUUCUUUUGAUUAAUUCUUGUUCUUCACUCUCUUUACAUAAUAUGUACCUCAAAAAACAAGCUUCAAUUCUUGUUUCUGUUAAACAAUCUUUUGAAUCCUAUGAUCCUGUUCUUGAUUCUUGGAAUAUGUCUAACUACUUAAAUCUAUGUUCAUGGUCUGGAAUUACUUGUGACGCAAUGAGUAAUAAAUCUGUAGUUUCUUUAGAUAUAUCAAAUUUUAAUAUCUCUGGUUCUCUUUCACCUCUCAUCACUCAUCUUCACUCUCUUGUCAAUCUUUCACUCUCCGGAAAUUCUUUCGUGGGCGACUUUCCGGUGGAAAUUCAUAGCCUUUCGAGGCUUCAAUUCCUGAAUAUUUCCGAAAAUAUGUUCACCGGGGAGCUAGAUUCUUGGGAUUUCUCUCAGUUGAAAGAGCUUCAAGUUCUUGAUCUUUAUGAUAACAGCUUUAAUGGCUCACUUCCAUUAGGUGUUACUCAGCUUUUGAAGAUCAACCACUUGGAUUUUGGCGGGAAUUUCUUCUCAGGAACUAUACCUUCGAGCUAUGGAAGAAUGCAGAAGCUGAAUUAUCUGUCUGUUAAAGGAAAUGAUUUGCAGGGCUUGAUCCCCGGCGAGCUUGGCAAUCUCACUAAACUUGAGAAGCUUUUUUUGGGUUAUUACAACGAAUUCGACGGCGGAAUCCCUCCUGAGCUCGGCAAUUUGGUCAAUCUUGUUCAUCUUGAUCUUGCAAAUUGUAGCUUGAAAGGCUCCAUACCGCCAGAAUUGGGGAAUCUUAAGAAAUUAGAUACCCUUUUCUUGCAGACAAAUGAGUUAGUCGGGUUGAUUCCUGCUGAACUCGGAAAUUUGAGCAGCAUCAAGUCGCUGGAUAUUUCGAACAAUGGAUUAACCGGAGAAAUCCCGUUUGAGUUUUCGGGUUUUCAAGAACUCACUCUGCUUAACCUAUUCCUGAACAAGCUAUACGGAGAGAUCCCUCCUUUUUUCGCGGAGCUGCCAAACUUGGAAGUACUAAAGCUGUGGGAUAACAAUUUCACAGGUUCAAUUCCUGAUAAGCUUGGAGAAAAUGGAAGAUUAAUUGAACUUGAUCUUUCUACAAAUAAGCUGACAGGAUUAGUCCCGCAAUCACUCUGCCUAGGAAGGAAACUUCGGAUCCUGAUUCUCCGAAAAAACUUUCUUUUCGGUCCUUUACCUGAUGAUCUCGGUCAAUGUGAUACGCUAACACGAGUUAGACUCGGUCAGAAUUAUCUGACAGGAUCAAUUCCAAGUGGGUUUCUUUACUUGCCAGAGCUGUCACUAAUGGAGCUGCAGAGCAAUUACCUGAUCGGACAAGUUCCAAAGCAGACAAGCAAGCUAACCUCGAAGUUAGAGCAGCUCAAUCUUUCAGACAAUAGAUUGUCGGGUCCGCUUCCGGAAUCUAUUGGAAAUCUCUCUAACUUGCAAAUACUUCUGAUGAGUGGAAACAGAUUAACAGGGCAAGUUCCACCGGAAAUAGGUCAGUUGAGAAAUGUUCUUACUUUGGAUAUGAGUAGAAACAAUUUCUCUGGAAAAAUUCCUGAUGAAAUAGGUAAUUGUUCAAUGCUGACAUAUUUAGAUUUGAGCCAAAACCAAUUUUCAGGAUCAAUUCCACUUCAGAUUACUCAAAUUCAUAUAUUAAACUACUUCAACAUUUCUUGGAACCACUUGAACCAAAAUCUUCCCAAAGAAAUUGGGUCCAUGAAAAGCUUAACUUCUGCUGAUUUCUCACACAAUAACUUCUCCGGCUCGAUACCUGAAUUCGGACAGUAUACGUUCUUCAACUCGUCAGCUUUUGCCGGUAAUCCUCUUCUUUGCGGGUACGACUCGAAUCAAUGCAGCAAUCCAAAUUCCUCCUCAUUACAGUUCCACAAUGAAAAAGACUCCAAGUCGCAUCAAGUCCCCGGAAAAUUCAAGCUUCUAUUUGCAUUAGGACUAUUAGUAUGUUCAUUAGUAUUUGCAUUCUUGGCAAUCAUAAAGACGCGAAAAAGACGAAAGAAUUCAAAAAGUUGGAAGCUGACGGGAUUUCAGAAACUCGAAUUCGGGUGCCAAGAAAUCCUCGAAUGCGUAAAGGAAAACAACAUCAUAGGAAGAGGAGGAGCUGGGAUUGUGUAUAGAGGAACAAUGCCUAAUGGGGAACACAUAGCAGUCAAAAAAUUACUAGGAAUCAACAAAGGAUCAUCUCAUGACAAUGGAUUAUCAGCAGAAAUACAAACAUUAGGCAGAAUAAGGCAUAGGAACAUUGUUAGAUUGUUGGGAUUUUGUUCAAAUAAAGAGAUGAAUCUUCUAAUUUAUGAGUACAUGCCACAUGGAAGUUUAGGGGAGGUUCUACAUGGGAAAAGAGGUGGAUUUUUGAAGUGGGAAACAAGAUUAAAAAUUGGGAUUGAAGCUGCAAAAGGGUUGUGUUAUUUGCAUCAUGAUUGCUCUCCUUUGAUUAUUCAUAGAGAUGUUAAAUCCAAUAAUAUUUUGCUUGAUUCUGAAUUUGAAGCUCAUGUUGCUGAUUUUGGACUUGCCAAGUUUUUCCAAGAUUCUGGAACUUCAGAAUGCAUGUCUGCAAUUGCUGGCUCCUAUGGCUAUAUUGCUCCAGAAUAUGCGUACACUUUGAAAGUGGAUGAAAAGAGCGACGUAUAUAGUUUCGGAGUGGUAUUACUAGAAUUAAUCACAGGUCGGAGACCCGUCGGUGAUUUCGGAGAAGACGGAUUAGACAUUGUACAAUGGACCAAAAUGCAAACAAAUUUAAUGAAAGAAAAGGUGGUUAAGAUAUUGGAUCAAAGGCUAAGUGAUAUACCUAUAAAUGAGGCAAUGCAAGUGAUGUUUGUUGCAAUGUUAUGUGUUCAAGAACAUAGUGUUGAAAGGCCAACCAUGAGAGAAGUUGUUCAAAUGCUUGCACAAGCUAAACUACCAACUACAUAUCACAUUCAGUGAUUUACACAAAAACUAAUGGCUAGUGUACUUUAUGAGUUUGUUUUUAUGACAAGGUGGGUGACUCACUGAUCCAGUGGUUGAAAUUAGGUGAUUCUCUAGAAUUCCAAAUCUGUUAUUCAUGCAAGAUAAAUCAUAGUAGUAUAUAUUGUGUUUGUUUCUUUUUUAUUAUUAUUGUUUGAUAUGUAUCCAAUUUUUGUGUUGUGCUACAUGUUUGGAAGAGAAAUUUACUUUGGUGGGUGAUUGAUCUUCAGAGUAAUUAAACUAUUGCAUUUUUUGUA